UUUAUUUUCCUUUUUUUUUUUUCCUCCUCGUCUUUAUCCUUCUUCUCCUCCUCCACCUCCUCUUCCUCUUCUCUUCAAUCUCAUCCUUCGUUUAUUACGGUUUUCUUCUUUUUCUUCUUCUUCUUCUUCCUUAUGUUCUGUUAUCAGGGUUUUUCUCGUUCUUAUCGUCUUUAUUGUCCUCUGUUCUGUCCUCCUUUCUUUAUUACUGUUUUCCUCAUCCUCCUCUUUAUCCUCUUUCUCAGCUUUAUCAGUUUCCUCUUUAUUAUUCCUCUUCUUUCUCCUUUUUCUUUUUAUUAUCAGGGGUUUGUUCAUCUUCCUCCUCUUCUUUCUUCUGUUAAAAUUCUCCCUGUUUUCUCUUCCUUUUUAUCUUCCUCGUCGUUGUCUUCUUCGUCUCUCUUCCUCCCUCCUUUAUCACUGUUCUCUUAUUCCCAUCCUCCUUGUCAUCUUCUUCCUCUCACUCUCUUUGUCUUUCUCCUUUCUCUCGCUCGUCUUUUCCUCAUCUUCUUUCCCUCACGUGCCCCUUAUUUAUCUUCCUCAUGUACUCCUCCUCCUCCUCCUCCUCCUCCUCCUCCUCCUUCUCCUCCUCCUCCUCCUCCUCCUCCUCCAUCACAUCACCUCUUGGCCCCGUAACCUUCAUCACCUCCUGGGGUUUAGGUGUUGCUUGCGGGGGCGUGCUGCUGGGGGUGUGAGGGGGGAGGGGGGCGGAGGUCAGCUAACCCGAAGCAUCAGGCAGGAAAUGAGCGAGGGCUGGGAGGCGAGAGGCACCAGUUGGUCUCCGGCAGCAGUGAAGCUUCUAUUGAUCUCUGUCGUGUGUCGGGGCGCGGACACUGGUGAGCCCCGGGUGACGGGAAGGCGUGCUGCUGCCGCCCCACGGGGUGACGCACGGGGCCGGGAUGGGUGGGGGUGCGGGGGAGGGCCACCAGCUGUCACCACCGUUCUCUGAAGUAUAAAGUUUAGCUCGGUGGUCGGGUUUUCGUGUGCCUGCUGGCGGAGGACCCCUCUCUGGGAGUCCCUGUGUGUCAGGCGUGUGUGUGUAUGUGUGUGUGUGUGUGUUAGCUGAGUGGCCGUGUGAGAGCGCCAGACGCGACGAGUCCGCUGCUGCGUCGGCGUGCGGCCGGAGGAUGCCUGCUGAGAGCUACCGAGCCGCCGCCUGGCCAGUGUUGGGGCGACGCUCCCCUGACGCGCCGCCUCCCUCUCGCCUUCCACUCUCUACCCUCAGUCUCUCCUGACGGCGCUCGGCCUCUCGCUCCCUCUCUCUCUACUCUGCCCACUCUGGGCCUCUACUCAGCCACACUUCUCGCGCCGCCUCCACUGCCCCGUCGCCGCCGCCACCCCGCCUCCGUCACGCCCAUGAGCCACUCGUCCCCCGGCCACCAGUAAGGCGUGGCGGGCGUGUCACUCCCUCCGUCAGCCUUGUAGUCCCGCCACGUGGAGUGUCGUCCCUGUGUGGGUGUGGGUGUGCGUGUGCUGGGCGUGGAGAUGGUGUGCGUGGCGCGGCGUGGCGGCAUGACGGCGUGUGGCGGCGUGUGUACCUGAUGGGCCGCGAUGGAGGCGCCCCAAGGCCCGCUGCAGGGAGGCCUGGCGGUGCGGCACGGCAGCGGCCACCCCACGGCGCCCACCCCGCCCCGCCCCGCCCCGCCGCCUCGCUGUGACCACUGACUGGUGCCCCCGUCCGGUCCGGUGCCCGCCCCGUGCCCGUAACAUGUGAUGGUCUUCUGGUGGCUGGUGGUCGCCUGCAGCAGCUCAGGCGGGGGGCGGCAUCCCCUGUGUCAUGGAAGCGGCGUGGUGGGCCCCAGACCCCGGGUACAUGGCCCCUGGAUGCCUGUGAGGAGCAACUCCCGCCGCCUGGGGGGAUCCCUCUACCGGUGGCUGGUGGUGCACCUCCUCCCCCGCCGCCGCCACCCGGAGGUCGCCGUCCACGGGGCCUCCAACAAGCACGAACACCGUCACGGGGGCUCAGCUCCCCCAGGCAAGGGCGGCUCCUUCCACGGCAAGGCGCGGCCCCGCCCUCCGCAGAAUGGUCGGUCCUCCAGCCCCUUCGACGGGGCUCGUAGGAAGGAGGCGAAGGAGGGCGGCGGCUGGGGAGGCGGCGUAGGCCAGCACGUCUUCAGCACGCGGGGGAGCGGCGAGAUGCUGACCACGGACAGCAGCGCUCUGCCGGCGAUCCAGACGGUCGAUGGCUCCCUCAGCGCCGCCAGCUGUACCUUGUGCCGCAAAGACGCGGCAGGGGUGUCCCGCUCCCGCAUCCAGCUGGUGCAGGAGGCGCCCGCAGGCUGCCGGCUGGACUCACCGACGGGGCGUGGCGGGGCCACAGCGAGCCCCGGCGCGGAGAGGGCUCGGCGGGAGGAGGCUAGUGCCGCCCAGGGUGCCAGUGGCGGCAGGACGUGCACCCGGCCCGGCUCCCCACCGGCGUCGGCCCGGCCGUGUGAGCGAGACCCCGCUAAGGGUGGGCGCGGCGCCUUCCCGCUGCUGAACGUGCGGGGGCUGGAGCAGAGCAGCCAGGGCUCCGUGCAGUCCCUGGCCGCCCCGAGAACGUGCAAACAUAUCAGUGUUGUGAGACAGUGGGACUCCAUCUCGGUGCUCUACGGCGUCGAGUACCUGGAGGUACGCAAGAAGGUACACGAGAGGCUGCUGUGCAUUCUGCGUGCGCGGCGCGAGAAGCGACAACGGCGGGAGGCCGUGGAGGGCGCGGGGGGCGUGGGGGCCCGGCCGCGACGGCACUCCCACAGGCGUAAGCGGCGGAAGCGGAAAGUGAAGGGCAAGCAUGGCGGCAAGAAGGAUGGGAAGCCGCCGCGAGCACAGGGCGAGGCGGAGGUGGAGGGUGGUGCCGCGGUGGUGGCGGUGGCUGCGGCGGCAGGGACCCAGGAUCGUGGCGUGCAGGCCACCCAGGCCGGCAGCGACGCCCUGCGUGCCGCCGAGACCUACACGAAGGAGUGCCGCGAGCUGGGCGACCUGGACGAUGGCGACCCCGCCUGCCUCCGCGACGAGGGCGGCUCCGAACGGGUGGUGGCCGCGGCGACGCCCGGGCCCGAGGAGGAAAGGAGCAAGAGCAAGGAAGUGUUCGAGUUCGUGAAGGACGAGAUGCUGGCCUUCGUGCGGUCCCCGUCGGGCGGCAGCGGGGACUCGCGGCCCAGCAAGUCCCUGUCCUACCACAAGGUGACCAGCAGCGAGAAGUCCUCCUCGCGCGCCUCCUCCUUCCUGGGGACGCGCGUUACGCCCCAAGUCAGGGACCUCAGUGCCGGCCGCCAGGCGCCCUGCUCCUCCCCCAUCGCCGUGCCCUCGCCCGCCUCGUCUUCCGCGUCCUCCUCCGCCUCCUCCUCCACCUCCUCCAGCACCACCGCCUCCUCCGCCUCUUCCCUCACCGUCACCUCUCCCUCCGUCAAGUCAACAGGUGGUCUGUCUGCCUCCAUCAAGACCGUCGCCUACAUAUCGGACGACGAGAGUGCCAGCGAGCGGCGCCGCUCCGCCCUCUACUGCUGCCCCUGCUUCAUCUCCUUCAGGCGCAAGGCCAAGAAGUCCCGGAGAAGCAGUGAGCGGGAGCACUACGGCCGGCGGCGUGAGCGGGACCACUCGUCGGAGCGCCGCCACCACCGCGGACACCCUCGCCGCCGCCUGUCUUCACGCUCGGCGUCGUCAGACUCGUCCCGUCGGCGCCGCCUUCGUCCUCGUGCUCGCCACCACUACCGCGACUCUUAUGUCAACAGCCACGUGAGUUUUCCUCUGUGCAUUCUGUCUUGGCGGCGCCCGGUGUCGCGAUGGCCGGCCCUGUGCAUGCUCCUCACCCGGGCGUCAGGCCCCCACCCCCACACGCCUCCACUGCGGCACCGGGAGCCUGCCUGCCGGCGGGGCGGGACGUGCGGGGCUGCGGGGCACCCUGCCGCACCCACGUCCCCCUGCUCUCCUCUUGACGUGCCGCCGCCUCCCACACCUUAA